AUGUCCAAAUUUACUGCCGAGGGACGCAAGAGGCCAGCAAUUUACCAUUUCUCCCCGAGGCUAUGGCUGAGGCAAAACGAGUCAAACAUUGGCAGAUAUCGUAAUUUCUUCUUUCUUUUUUUCUUUCUUUUUUUCUUUUUUCUUACUUAUUUAUUCUUAGCAGUCUCCACGCCGUUCGUUUCCUUUUCUAUUUAUAAAGAUUUCUUCGUUUUUUCUUUAUUAUUCAUUCAUUUUCUGUCUUUAUUAAAAAUAUUCUUUCUUUCUUUUCUUUCUCAUUCUCCUUCGUUCAGGAAAAUAAGGACUUUCUUUCUUUCUUUCGAUUUUUCUUUCUUUUUUCUCCUUCGUCCAGGCAAUAUAUACUUUCUUCUUCUCCAUCGUCCAGGUAAAAUACACUUCCUUUCUUUCGUUCUUUAUUUUAUUCUUUCAUUCUUUCUUUCUUUCUUUCUCAUUUUCCCAUUCAUUCUCUCAUUUUCCCAUUUUCGUUCUUUCUUUCUCAUUUUCCUUCGUCUAGAUAACAUCCACGUUUUUGACUUUCUUUCUUUCUUUUUUUCAAUCUUCAGGGAACAUUUUCUUUCUUUUUUCUUUCUUUCAUUUUUUUCCUUCGGAAAUAUUGACUUUCUUUCUUUCUUUUUUUUUCUCCUUCGUUCAGGGAACAUACACUUUCUUUCUUUUCUUUCUUUCUUUCUUUCUCAUUUUCCUUCGUCUAAGCAAUACGCACUUUUUUUCUCAUUCUCCUUCGUUCAGGAAAAUAUUGACUUUCUUUCUUUCUUUGUUUUUCUCCUUCGUUCAGGGAACAUACACUUUCUUUCUUUCUUUCUUUCUUUCUUUCUUUCUUAUUCCCCUUCGUCCACACAAUAUUCACUUUCUUUCUUUUGUUCAUUCUUUCUUUGUUACUUUCUUUAUUUCUCAUUAUUCUUUGUUCAAGCAACAUACACUUUCUUUCUUUCUUUCUUUCUUUCUUUCUUUCUUUCUUUCUUUCUUUCCCAUUCAUCUUCGUUCAGGCAAUAUAAACUUCCUUUGUUUUUUCCUUUAUUCAUUUAUUUUAAUGCUAUAUUGUCACUUGUCUUUAUUAACAACCUCUCUUUCUUUCUUUCUUUCUUUCUUUUUCAUUUUCCCCUUCGUUCAGAUAACAUUCACUUUCUUUCUUCUGUUCCGUCAGUCUUUCUUUCUUUAUUUCUCAGCUUCCUUCGUCUAGGCAAGACACAUUUUCUUUCUCCUCCUUCGUUCAGGAAAAUAUUUGACUUUCUUUCUUUCUUUUUCGCCUUCAUUCAGGUAACAUACACCUUCUUUCUUUCUUUCUUUCUUUCUUUCUUUCUUUCUUUCUUUCUUUCUUUCUUUCUUUAUCCGUUUUCCAUACAUUAA